AAGGGCUUGAAAUUCAACAUUUCGCUCUAGUUUAUCCCAGUCACAUCAGCUUGAUUGCCGCGAUGUUUAGCGUGUGUGUCCAGUCGUCUUUGCGGGGUUUUAGAGCAACCUACGCCUACUUUGAAACAUGAUGCCCUAGCAAUUCGCUGUUGACCAGACAACUCGACUUGCUGUGACGCGUGGUCGAAGCCCGCCCCUACCGUGACACUGAGACACGAGGAAAGUGCGCAUGCAUCUCACGGGUGCAGAGAGGAUGAUAAACGGUCGCUGUCGCUCACAGCUCACUCUUCGGCUCGGACGCAUCCAGACUCGGACUCGAUGCUGCGUCGUAAAGUAGCAGUGCUUGCAAUUUUACCCCACAGUGAGUGGCAGACCCCUGUGAAACUUUCCACGCACACUGUUCUUUGUUUUGGUCAAGAAUGGCAAGUACCGAAGAAUGCGUAGACUUGCAAGGGUCUGAAGAUGUCGAGGGAUCCGUUGACCGCUGUGGCACUGGGACGAUCCAACACUCGGCCUCCAACUUGGCCACUAAACAGUUACUGGAAGAUCGGGCGGCCCAGUACUGCAGCUGCGAUGUAGUGGGCAAAGGAUCUUUCCCUGGAGGCAGGGGUGGGCGUGACAUGGCAAGGGACACCCGUGGGCGAAUGGAGCAAGAGAAGUUGUUGAUGCAAAGCGAAUCGCGGGAGGUGGAAGAUGGGACAUCAACCUGCCGUGGGCGGAUGGGUUCUGGACAGGUUGAAGAGCGGGAGGAUUCCUCCACGGAAUCUAGGGAGACAGUUAACGAGACACAGCCGUACCACGUGCACAUUGUCAAGCACUGUCCAAACGGUGACCCUGCGUUGACAUUUGUGCCGGAACCGGAAGCCAACAGCAAAGGUCACUUCAUUCGGCUUCCGGUCAUCGUCUCCAAAUACUGGGGACCGGACCAGUACCAGGCAGAUAACCCAGGAAGAUGCCUUGUCAAGGCAAUAGUCGCCCUGGGAACGUUGCUGCUUGUAGCAGUGAUCUGCUUCUUGGCAGGUUAUUUUACAGUCAAGUUCCCAAAUGAGGAAUCAACGAUUUCUUCGUGGAAAGGCCCGGUUAGAGUUAAAGUUGAAACCUCGUUACGUCAGCAUUACGUCACCGCCUAUAACGACCGAAACUCGCCGCAGUAUCGGGACUUUUCUCGCAAUUUUUCAAAAGCGGUAGACGAUGUGUUUAUGGACAGCUCGUUACAAAACGAGUUCUCCCACUGCACGGUUGACAGACUAAGACGUGGGAGUGUUCUUGUGGAAUUUACCAUCCACCUGCACGGUCCUCCGACGUCCAGCAACACUGAGCUAAACCCAUCGGGGGACGCUGAGUUGACAACCAGGCAAGCCGUUAUGGAAGUCCUUAGGGACGCGGUAGCAUCGGGCCAGCUGGAUACAUUGAAUGUGGACGGCGAGUCAAUAAGGGUAACUAGAGUACUGAUCGGCGUCUCAUAUGGAUCCAUUUCAUCACCACCCACGCCGGAAUUGACCUCCUUACUCAAGAGAGAACCAGGUUUGGUCAACCAGCUUGGAUGCGGUACCCGACUGGGAGACACGUCCCGUCUGUCUCGUAUCCUAGGAGGUACUGACGCUAUGCCUGGUCGUUGGCCCUGGCUGGGUUCCAUACAGUACCAAUUUGGGGACGAGUUGGCUCAUCGAUGCGCGGCAUCCCUACUGAAUCCCGAAUGGGCCAUCACGGCAGCUCACUGCGUUGACGGUGGUGUUGGUGACAUCCUAGUUCACAUUGUCUUCGGAGACAAUGACCUCGGAGGAUCCUCCCCAUCGCGCCAAACCGUCCACGUAGAGCGCAUCAUGGUACAUCCAGGCUUCAGCAUCAGUUGGCACGAUAACGAUCUAGCCUUGCUCAAGCUGAGACAGCGCGUGCGAUUCGACGAGAACGUGUCACCAGCAUGUGUCGAGACGGAACCAUACGAAGUGGAGAGGUAUCAGGAAUGCUACAUCGCAGGUUGGGGUCACACUCAGGAAAAUGGUAAUAUUUCCAGGAUUCUACAAGAAGUUGAGAUUCCCUUGGUCGGCAAAUCGCUGUGCUCUGAUCAGUUCCGUAGUCCAACGUUGGUGGCACACAGAGUGAUAACAGACAACAUGAUUUGCGCUGGAAAGGCUACGGGCGGUGUGGACUCGUGCCAGAGCGAUAGUGGAGGUCCUCUGAUGUGCCUUGGCGAUGAUGGGUCCUGGCGAAUCGUAGGACUUACAAGUUUCGGGUAUGGAUGCGGCAGACCGGAUUAUUCUGGUGUCUACACCAGAGUGUCCAGAUAUUGGGACUACCUUACAUCUGUUGUACGUGGAGAGCCAUCCAUCACGUGUGAAGAACUGACGGAUCCCAUCUGCCGAAGCCGCCUCCCAUACACCACUGUUUUCCCCAGUUCUCAAGAGGACCUUUCCUUGUCGACAAUCCUCAACAAUACAUCUGGCCACGCCCAACCGGCCAGCCAGAUGGUAAUGUCGUCGUCUUCGCGGGAGUUAAUGGAGACGCUUUUAUGCCUGACGCUCUUCGGAAGCUGUGAGUCUAGCGGGGAGCUGCCGCUGGUUCCCUGCAGGCAGUUCUGUCAGAGUGCUAUGAACAUCCACUUCUCCAUCGUGGCUCGCUGUGACAAGUACCCUGAUGGACCUGCAAGGGACACCAUGUUUUGUAGAAAAGGUAUCAAUGCCGAUUGUGGCCCCACCCACCUUUACCCAACCACCACGAACCACAGCAACAUUAUAUCACCGUAUUACCCGGCCGCACUGUUCAAUUACCGUACCGUGGGUUGUACGUGGCUGGUCACAGGGCCGUCCUGCACCGCUGUCAUCUUCAAGUUUACGGAACUCAAGCUGCUGUUAGCGGAUCGGGGAAAGAUCAUCACUAUUGGGUCGGGAAACGAUCCUCAGAAUAGAUCUAGUGGACUGUACAAGUUCUUUGGGCUAUCCGUCCCCAGUCCUCGAGUUGUCCAUUCUAACUUGGCCUGGAUGUCCUUCUCCAGCGUGUCAGAUCUCUUCGACGACCCGCAAGAAGCUUUUCAGUUUUCGGUCGAGGUCCAUGUUGCAGAAGUCCGCCAGCAAGAUGUUACAGACGACGUUUGCCUGUUGGGUCUUGGUGACUGCACCGAGAAUGAGUUGUGUUUUCCUUCUUGGUGGCGCUGUGACGGAAUAACAGACUGUUCAGGCGGCGAGGACGAGGCUGACUGCGCAGCUUCCACGAAACAGGUCAACACCACAGAAACAACGAUUACUCCAUGAAGACAGUUAUAAUUGGCUGAUUUAAGCUAGGCUAUGAUUCAUGCGUUGAGCUUAAAAUCCAAAUUAGCGGUUAGGGCCAGUAAUCCUGUUAAAUUGUGUCCAACAGUUGACAGUCGACUUUACGCCAUUGCCAACAUAUGGGCCUCCUAUGACAUAGAGUAGCGACCUCUAUUGACUAGAGACAAAGGUGAAAGCUUUAUUGCUAUCCAAAGUUGACAGUUUUGGACGAGGAUAAUUACGUCAUUACACAUAAACUAAGCUGGAUUUACCCUGCGCCAAAAAAGAUCUCUUAAAAAAUCGGAACUUUUCUACUGUAGCGGGACGAUAGGAUCUAAAAUUGUAUAGUUAUUAAUGCAUUAUCCUCUUUUGUCUUGUGAUUGUCAAUAUAUGUACAUGUAUCAACAUUUCCCAGUGCUAAAUGUACUGUACACUUACUGAAGAGUAAGUAUUGUCAAUUAAAUAGAAAAGAUACUGAGUAAAGUCACUGAAAUGAACCUUGAUCAUUGGGACUAUUCAUCUAAAUUUCCAGGUUCUGCUCAACUGGUCAUUCAGACACCACAUUUUUGCGGAUUUUCACUGCAUUCAGCAUGUUAUGUAAAUGUACACCUGUAAAUACAUGUACAUGUAUACAAAUUAUACUUCUAAUUGGUAACCAUAACCAACUCAUAGUAUCCAUAGUAUUUCCAUGUGUAUAGUUUUGUAGUAUUUGCCUCAACAUGUAAAUGAAAAAAAGUAUCUGUACGUGACCUGACUUCAUAGUUUCAUGGUUCGACAUGACAAUUUUGUACUGAGAAAUAGAUUUAAACUGUGCAUGAAAACGACUUGUUUAGUAAGAUGUACGUAACUGUUGAGUCGCUAUAAUCUCCGUCGUAUCAUCAGAAAGCAGCUAUUUGUGUCGUCGUAAACCACCACAUCAAGUGUCGCAUUAUGGUUGCAAUGUUACGGUGUUAGAAUUUUACUCGUCGUAAAAUCGGGCCCAUUUGUCGCUAAUCAAUGAAUAAAAACGAUGUCCUAUCUUCACAAUGCUGGCCAUGUAUUCGCCUCAUUGUUAUACUUACAGUAAGUUGUUAAAUUACGUAGUAUUUUGAUAUUAAAUGCUGUAGCACCAGUCGUCGGGACAAGAAGUCGUCUUUGAAUCGUGCUAAAAACCGAACCUUACAGCACGCGCCUCUUCCUUUUUUUUUAAUUUUCAGGCACAGUAAAAUUUAAAUUUAUUUGAAACAACAGACUGUCAUUUUCAGAACUGGCUUCCACAGGUCGACGGCUCUAACGAAAACAAUCCGAGGUCGUCGACUGUAGCAUCAUAUUAAUAAUUGACGAACGACUAUGAGUCAUCCUGAAUUCGACUACCAGUUAAAAACCACCUGUUGCUUCUUAUGUAGGCUACAACAGCUCAGUUAAAGGUGUUGAACAACUGUUGGUAAUUUACAUAAUAUAUAUUUCUCUGAUUUGUGUGAUUGGGCGUGUGUCGGCUGACAAUUUUAAUUUCACCUUUGUUGGUAUUUGUACAUAUAUAGAACUAUAAACUUGUUGUAAAUACCUCUUUACGAAUCGUUUUGCUUAACCUUAUUUCUCCAGUUAAUACACGUAUCAUCUUUAUACUAAAACACGUUUUUGCCCUCAGGCUUACAUCGACGUUUAAACGUCCUUUUAAGGGCAAAACUUGUUAUUAAAUUUAACAUCUCCCCGACGCAAGUAUCUUGAAAAGGAUAUCAUCUUUUUUUCAGUACAAUAGGGUAAGAAUACUGUGCUAGUUUAUAAGGUUGUGGUUUGCAAAAGAAUGUGUCUUUUUUCCAAAAUGUGAUGAAAGUACUUUUGGGGUCACUUUCCAGUAACAUCUUGGUUACAACGGCGGCGGAACGAUUGUCAUAGUGGGGGGCCAGUUGUUAGACCAUCAGACAUUUAGGGCCUGAUUCAUUGAGCCCCACCCAAUCGCAGGACCUGCAAAAAGUGGGGGCCAGGCCCCUCCCUGUCGAAAAAGUGGGGGCCACUGCGCCCCCUGGACCCCGCUUCCGCCGCCAGUUCUUAGUUAUUUCACGAUUGGCCGUGACCAAGUCAGGUAUUUCAUCAAGACACAUCAAAUUGAGUGGGGCAAUGGCACGUGUCCAGCACGAAUGCAGAAUACAUUUGCCGGUAUAAUGAUGUACAUGUACGCAAAGUCAUGUACAUGUACAUGCAGAUAUCGCUUAAUGCAAGCCGUGCAUAAUAGGCCAACACUAUUUCGUCGUGGAGCCAGCCAUGUGGAAAAUAAAACAAAGGCUCAUAAUACUACGGGAACAG